UCCUUUAGAAAUAGGAAAUCUGUCUUCUCUGGACAUGCUAAGCUUAGCUAGUAACAAUUUCACUGGUGUGAUUCCUCCCUCAAUAGGCAAUUUGACCUUCCUUCAAUCACUUUCCCUAUCAAUGAAUUCCUUGACUGGGCCGAUACCUAAUGAGCUGGCAUUAAUGCCGCAACUUACAGAAGUACGCUUGAGCACAAAUUUUUUGAAUGGGGAGAUACCCAUCGGAUUCUUCAAUUCCCAGGGGAACGUUCUGAACCUCUCCCGCAACAACCUCUCAGGCACUUUACCACUAUCAAACUAUGCACUUCCCAAAGAAUUUGAUCUAUCAUACAAUAGCUUGGAGAUCCCUCGUAGCUGGGCCCACUACUAUGGGAUGGAAGGAAGGCUUUAUGGGAACAAAUGUUGCAUCGAUCGAUGACCCAGAAGAUUUCACGCCUCAGCACAAGAAAGAUGGCAAACAUGGAAAUCACAGAAUUCUCAUCUUUAUUGCGGUUCCUGUUCUUAUAUUGUCAUUUAUUAUUGCAAUCCUGUAUAAAUGUAAAUGUGCAUCUAGUCCGCAAAAAGAGAAGGAAACAGCAAAAGAGAUCAUUGAAAUGAGAUCUUCAAAUGUAUUCUCCAUUUGCAACUUUGAUGGGAAGGUUGCGUUUGAAGACAUCAUAGAAGCCACAGAGAACUUCGAUGACAUAUACUGUGUUGGAUUUGGUGGGAGUGGGAUUGUCUACGAAGCAGAGUUACCUACAGGUCAAGUAGUGGCAGUAAAGAGAAUUCAUUCACCUGAAAAUGAAGAACUUCCCCAUGACACAACCUUCAUAAAUGAGAUACGGGUGAUGACCGAAAUCCGGCACCGCAACAUUAUGAAACUUUAUGGAUUCUGUCUGCACAGCAGAUUCAUGUUUCUAGUUUGCGAGUACAUGGAAAAUGGAAGCUUAAGUGAAAUAUUAUCCAAUCACCGAAGAGCCUUGGCGUUGGAUUGGGAAAGGAGGGUGAGGACAGUUAAAGAUGUCGCCAGCGCGCUGAGUUACUUGCAUCAUGAUUGCUCCCGACCAAUAGUGCAUCGAGACAUAUCGAGCAACAAUAUCUUGUUUGAUUCAGAAUUAAGGGCUUGUAUCUCUGAUUUUGGUGCUGCAAAACUCUUGAAUCUUGAUUCCUCGAACUGGACGGCUUUUGUAGGCACCUGCGGAUAUGCUGCUCCAGAGCUUGCUUACACGAUGAAGGUAACAGAAAGGUGCGAUGUUUAUAGCUUUGGGGUGGUGACGCUUGAAGUAUUAAUGGGAAGACAUCCUGGAGACCUCGUUUUAUCAUUAUCAACGUCUAUUAUUGACCGGAACACGUUGGUAAAAGAUGUGCUGGACCAGCGUCUCUCUUGUCCCCCUUCCGGUUUGGAGAUGAAGGAAAUAUGCAAUAUAGUUGCAGUGGCACUUUCUUGCAUAUGUUGGGAUCCAAAAUACAGACCCACAAUGCGAUGCGUAACCCAAAGGUUGUCAAAAUCUCGUCUACCUUCGCUUGAGCCGGUUGACGGAAUUACCCUGUUCCAGUUGAAGAAUCUUAAUGUGUAAUGUUGUCUCGAGGUUGGUCUGGAUUGUUGUAGGAUCAAGAAUUCUGAUUAUUCACAGUUUCAUGUGCAUUACCAAAUGGUAUCAGGUAUCAGCAUGUUUUGUUUCUCUUGUUUCCGCAUCUUGUAAGAGAAGAAGUAGAAUCAGAGUCGGUGUUACGAUCAUUUUAGUUUUGUAGAUCAGCUGAAUAUUAUG